UAUACAUAUAUUUAACAACCAAUGAGUGAUCAUUCAUUCAAGCGGCUCUUUGGCUAUACACUUUCUAUCCAAUAGGAAAGUUACAGUCGUACGGAAUCUGUAUAGUAGCCCAAGCUCAUACGACAAGUGAAACACACGCGCAACGGCUGAAAGCUAUAAGCUUAUUGAGAAAGCUGCAUGACACAAAUACGAAUGGCUACCAAUUGUCUUUAACUCUCUCCCGAUAUCAUACGUAUCCUGAAGAGAUAGUAGCCAAGUCUUCAAAGAGGCUAUCCCUGAUCAUGGCUUUUUCCGCACUUCCUCCGGAACUACGCAGUCUCUGCCGGAGAUUGACGGCAACUAAAGCAGAACAACUUCCAGCUCUACUACCUUCUCUGCUUAGAGAUCUGUUACGUUGUAAAGAACCACUUUCAAGGCCACAUGAGGCGAAGGCUUCUGAUGGUUCUUCCGAGGCGACGGUGCUCGUACAUAAGUUGAAGACUCAGAUAUCUACGCUUCUUAACAGUAGAACCACCCAGGGUCGCUUCGUUGGAGUGGCGCUGGUAAAAGUUGCGAUAGAAACUGGGGGCUGGGAAUGUCUUCGAACAUCCGAGCCAUGGAUCAGGGGACUUCUAUCUAUCCUUCAAAGGAAAGACCCCGUAGUCAUUAAGGAUCUCUGUGUGGUAACCUUAGUGAAGAUAUACACUCUAAUGCAUGCCUACCCAACCUUGGUACGGGAGAUUGUUACACCUACACUUCCUACAUUUGGAACAGCAUGCCUCCAGAUCUUAAAACCACCUGCGACUAGCAAAGCUGCCAAAGCACCUAAUAGCCUCAUCGAGGCUAUAUUUGAGGGCUUCUCGGCUAUAAUCCCAUUAUACCCUACUACCCUGCGUCAGUUUACGUCCAAGCUUAGGGUCGAGCUACGAACGUAUAUCGCCCCGACUAUCUCGGAAGGCACAAUAGUUCCAGCGUCCCUACAGAAAAGCAGCAGGCGUCUCGCCAUCAGGCUACAUAUGACGGCUGUAAAGGGCGGAGACUCAACCGAAUGGUCGAAAAAUUUAGAUACGCUGAUCACUACGUUUCAUUCUACAGCCGACCAGGUCUUCCGGGCAGUCCAAGAGAACUGGGAAUCCGUAUCAGGUCAACCAUCGGAAUCUACUCUACAAAAGAUAGACUUUAACAAAGAUCCUCAGGGCGGUGGCGACGGUCCAGAUCAACUACCCUCUUGGACAGGUAUCUAUGCGGGAAGUGAAAGGUUACUCGGUCUCCUAGAUUUCAUCUCUGAAUAUCUACGAUGCUUCACAAAGACGACGGUUACUAUUCCAGUUAGUGCAAUAGUUGACGUAGUUACGAGGAUAUCCUCAAUCAUGCCACCAGUUCCAGGGAAGGAGAAAUCCGCGUCAGUCCAGAUGAACCCGGCCGUUGGCAGAGAAGAGAAAGAUGAAUUAUGGGCAGUGUUCCCAGAUAUUCAAUUUGCUGCUAUGAGGUUACUAUUUACUACGGCGCAACGACUGGGAAGGAAUUUCCUACCGCUAGCCCAGAUAUCACUUGAACAGCUACUGCGAAUGUUUGAGUCUAGCUACCGUCUACCCGAAAUUAGGACUAUAUCGUUCCUUUUAACCAAAGAGAUCCUCCAGCUUUGCGGGCCUACGAUGGAGAAACUUACCGUCGAGGGUUUAAGCCUUAUCAUUAAAGCGUGCUGUCGCGACCUUUUAGGAUCCGGUGGUCACCUCAAGCAUCCUAAGCAGCCAGCUUCAUCUGCUCAGAAUGGUCUGAAAUCUAAAUCUGCUAGUCAAAAUGCCGACGCUUUUCUCGGUAACAGCGCUGAGGAUGAAUCCAUAUCUGCCUCUUUAAGUGCAGAGCAUAUCUCAGCAGCAACAGCACUUUUGACUACUCUUUUUAGCCAUGUGCCUCAACAGCAUCUUCCUUCUUCGUUACGGGCUCAUAUGCUUAAGACGGCUGUCCUAUGUCGAAUAAAAGAUGCGCAGAUAGCAAGCGUUCUCCAUCCGGUGCGAGACAAGAGUGGCAGAACGCCAGCCGUAAUUUUGCCUUAUCUUAUCCAACAAUUCCCGCGUGAUGAAAGCGUGGAAGUACUACGCUUUAACUUUCGACCUAUAGCGACAGGACCUAGGAAUGAUAACAUGGACAUUGACGAAACACCAAUUGAAGACGCCUCGGAAGAUGAGUCUCCAAUGGACGGCGUCUCCUUCGGUCGACAAAUUGAGGCUUCCGUCCCUGACUUGGCAGAUCAUACCCCUGCCGAAAUCGUCGAAACAUCUGCGAAAGCUCAAAACUUUUUCCUUCCCAAAAGACUGGUAGAGACAAUCCUCAAAUCUGAAGAGGAACGUACCACUGUUGUACAACCGCUGCCAGCCAACUCGCUCAAGCGGAAGAGCGAAGAGGCUGAUGUUGCUAUCUCGAAACGGGUUGAGAUUGACACGACCACAACCACAACUAUCAGCACCUCUAUGCCGGCAGCUGUUAAUGCGCCGAGCCAGGCUCACGUGGGGGUAGAAGACGAGGAUGAUAGCAGCAGCGAUAACGAAAGUGUACACUUGAACAUGGAACUCGAUGCGGAUGACGAUGACGACGACGAAGAGUACGGAGCAGAGGAGCCUUAAGAUGCGGCGAAUAGGAGGUUAACCCAAGUGCAAGCUUGUCAUAUGAAACGUCGCACUCGGCAACUUGGCGAGCACGUUGCCUGGUUCCGGAUAAAAAGAUCUCACAUGGCCGUUUACGCACAGAUCUACAUGGGGAGGACAUGGAAUCGGAGUAGGUAGGCCACAUUCAGGUAGAUAAUAAAUAUUAAUUACCUUAUCACGCAAUAGACACACACAGCCAGGUAAAGAC